GCGGGUCCAUACUUUGUUACAUAAGUCACAAUAGUUUUGGUGAUGUAGAAGAGGCGGCUGAUAAAUUUGUUUGCAUGUGUUUUCACAUUUUGCAUAAUACGAGUAUAAUGGUCGAUGUGCGAAUUUUUUAAAUUUUCAUUCUGCAUCAUAAUUACCGUGCUAUAAAAUCAUUUUGUUCUAAGAAGUGAAUUUCGAGUGAAAACUCAUAAAAUUUUUUAUUUGCAUUCAAGUGCAGUGCUACCACGUUUUUACCUGCUUCUGCUUGAAAUGGCGUUGACAAGGCAUAUUGUGUUUCUUAUCAAAUCGAUGAAGGUGUAACACUUGCAUGCCCACCUGAAGAGAUCAAGGAGUCAAAAUGGAGACAAAUUCCGAUCCAUCGUCAUUCGCAGAUCAAAACGUGUGGAAAACAAAACUCAACAUUCUAAUUGAACAAACGAAGCUGCCCAACAUUGCAGAUAAUGGCAAAUCUGAACCUAGCUUGACCACAGACAUUUUGGACGAAUUCAGAAAACAAAUCAGCUCCGAAAUGGCGCAAGAACUUAAGAAAGUAUCAAACAUGCAGUCAACAUCAGCAAUGAAAGCUGCCAGAUACGGUAACUACUCAACCAUGCAGAAGCAAAUAACAGUAGGACGUGUUUCAAUCGAACCAGUAUGUGGAAAAACCAUAUUACACAUGGUAAUCGAUGGCAUCUGCGCAUUUAAAUAUAAAAAUAACCCUGCUAAGAUAUGCAUGGAGAAUAUAAUCGCCGGAAAAGAACUAUGCGAAUCGAUAAUAUGCGCUUAUUUUCCACCAGAUAAUUUCUCUCUGUUCCCCAAAGAGAAACCAGAUCACUAUAAAUGCUUAGAGUUCAUAUUGAAAAACAUUCCUCCUGAAAAACUAGAUAUAAAUUUUCUCGAUAGUAAUGGAAAUUCAGCUUUGCAUUACGCUGUCACUUGGUCACAAACAAAGGCUGUAAAAGUUCUCUUGCAGGCAGGUGCUUACACUUGUGAAGCAAAUAAUAAAGGAGUGGUACCAUUGAAGAUGAUCAGCCCUUCAGUACUGGAAGAAUAUUUAGACAGCUGUAUCUUAUCCAAUGAGUACCCUUUUGGACACGAUGAUUUUCAAAUUUACUUUAAUUAUAAAAUGUUUGUACCUCCAAAAAAACCAACACCAAUGAAACAAGAUGGAGUUGAAGCAGGUAUCAGGGAAGUAUGCUACGAGGGUAGACGCGAAUCUGAGCCAAUUUUUGUGAUGAGAGAUACACCCGAUUUAAAUAAACUUCUGGUUCAUCCAGUGAUCAGGAAUUACUUGUGUUUGAAAUGGCUCAUCAUUCAGAAAUAUUCGUUCAUCGAGGAUAUCUUCUUUUCAAUUUUUUUCGCAUCGCUUCCUCUGUACUUUAUAUACAUAUCUUACCAACGUAUUUUCUAUUAUUGUCCAAUUUUGAGUGAAAAUGACUACAGAUGUAUUGAAAAUCGUCCUAUCGGAAUACAGGAUGAUAGAUUUCUGCUGCUAUUUAUUCUGCCUUUGCGUGCUGUGCUUCUUUUAUGCAUCGUAUAUCGAACCUAUUUCUCACCCAAAUCAUCCAUCUUGAAAUCUCCCAGAGUUUGGUUGCAAUUGGUUUGGUUCGUUUUGAUAUUCAAUCGAGAACCGAUAGUUAGUAAAUUGCAAGGCGUAUUCGAUUAUAACUUCUCAUCCACUGCGAUGAUAAUCUUGUUUUGGAUCGAGCUUGUCGCUGUAAUCGGUCGAAUUCCAGCAUGUUCUAUCAGCAUCGAGAUGUUGAAAGUAUUUCUCAUCAAUUCUUACAAAUAUCUAAUACCGUAUUACAUUUUGAUGAUUAUUUUGGCAAACAACUUCGUGAUUUUUUUCAACCAACUGAAUCCGAGUAAAAUAAACAACACUGCUACCACUGACCAGCAAUUAAAUAGCACUAAGGGCAAGGGUGAAUUUGUCCCACCGCUCAACCUUUUCUUUUGGCAAACCUUCCUGACCAUGUUGAAAGACAACAUCAGUAUAAAAACUUACUUGCCACAACAUAGCACAACCGCAAGUCAAUUGAUAUUCUUCGCGUUUUGUUUUUUUACGAUUUUAGUUUUUCAAAAUCUGGUGCUCGUGGUACCAUUGACUUACGCUACAAAGGUCAUGAACGAGACGAAAACUGUCGUAAUGAAUUCGUUUCUACAUUUUGUCGCCUAUGUUGAAACUACAGCUACACGAGAUCCUACUCAAUUACUUGAUGUCUUCAAUAAAUUAUUACUCUGGUUGGUAUUUUGUAUUCGUUGGUGUCUGUGCUGUAGUACUCGAAACCCUCCUGAAACCUUUUGCAAAAGGAUUAGCGUAACGUAUCCAAUGAAAAACUGUGAAAAGGAACCUUUCGAUAUUCAUAAUAAACAAAUUCUAAAACGUUUGCGAUUAGAUCCAGAAAUUUUCGAAGAUGCAGUGACCAUUUUGAAGAGAACUAAACAGCCGGAAGAAAUGAAAACUCAAAUGAACGAAUUUGAAUCCAGGCUCGAAAAUAUCGAAGCAAUUGUGCAAAAUAUUCAACGUAUAGUGCAAGAUAGUGAGGUGCAGUUACGAAAGAAUUUAAAGUCUAACUCUAAACGAGUAAUAGCUGAGUUGAAAAUGUUGAGGAAGUCUGAGAGAAGACAUCGGAUUGGUGCUGUUGGAAGGUGUAAUCAGAAUAAUGAGUAAUGAGGAUCAUGAACAUUAGUGUAGAUUUUCAGAAAAUGUAUGGAGGAGUUUUUUUUUCGAGAUUUUUGGGAUAUGAUGUUUGUUGAUCAACAACUUCAUUGAUUAUCUGGCUGUAAUCGAAUUGAUUUCCACCUUAUUCUUACAAGCAGUUGAAUUAAUUCCCGUGGCGGAGAAGGGGAGGUGGAGAGUGAAUUAGUUCUGGUCAAAAAUCAACAUUUCACUUCAUUUUUAAACAAACUGGAAACAAAUUGUGAAAAUUCCAAAUUUCAUAAUACAAAUAAAUGCAAGUACCUGACAUUUAAAAUUUUUUUAAAGAAAUGGAAAAUGGAGGCAUUUCUUUUCCAUUUUAGCAGAAAAAAAUAACUGCAAGCAGAAAUUGUUUUCCAGUGUUGUUAGGGGGAAAGGAGGGGGUCGAAAUUGAUUCAAGUCGAAGUUUCAAAUUUGAAGUUAGCAAGAUAAAAUGAAGAACAAAAUUCAGAAUUCUGAAUGAAAAAGAGAUUGAACCGAACACUUCAAAGUUUGAUUUUAAAAAAUGAAAAGAAAGAUUUUUUGAAAUUUUGUCAAAAAACAGAUAGCAAAAAAGCUGACUUUUUAUGAGAAUUUUAUCCAUAUUACCUACGUAUAGGUACCAUGAAAAUUCGUUAUUAUUUUAAAAGAUUAUGUGGCUGUUUUUAUCUUUGUUCGUUUCUUUGGUCAAAAACUUGAGCUGGGAAUCAAUUCGACUAUGUAGCAAAAGAAGCUGAUGGGAGUCAAUUCAAUUAUUUUUCAAAAAUUAGGAAUUAAUAAUUUGAGAACUCUCGAUUGUCUGCGUGAAAAAUCCAAGAUCCAAGACAAAACAUUCUAGUAUUUAGGGCCCCAAAGUACAAAUUCUCCAUCUAUUUUGGUUCUUAUAGUGACCAACCCCUUCGAAUUUCAGGACAGGCAAACAUAAGUACACGCUUGAGUUCAGUUUGGAUUAUCUACAUUCUUCUGUUUAAGGGAGGGUCAUUUAUUGCGGAACAUCCUGUACUUAUUUUUAAGAUUUAUUUUCCUCUUUUAGUGAGUCUGUGCCAUCCUUUAGAGUUGAGUUGGAGACUGGAGGAUUUUGAAUCUCAAAGAAUACCUAGUGUGUUUUUAAAAAAAGUUUGCGUUUGAUAAUGUAAAACAUUUUUUAUUUGCUAUAAUUAAGAAUGAAUACCUACCUAUGCUCACCUACGGUUUUGUAUUAUUUUUGUGAUCAGUUAAUUUAGACAUUAUUUGAGAUUUUAAGUUUUAACCUGUACUAAUGUAUUAAACACAUAACUUUUGCGCUCGUAUUUAAUAGCUAGGUAUAUAUAUGAUCGAAAAAUACAAUACAAUACUUUGAUGAUGA